AGCAGGCGUCGGGUCUCGGCUCUUUGCAAUUAGAGACUGGGAGCGGUCAUGGAAGCGGUUAGGUGUUCGGAGCACGGAACCGUCUGCUUUCUCAAGACCGGCGUCCGCGAUGGUCCGAAUAAAGGAAAGAGCUUCUACGUGUGCCGUGCUGACACAUGCGACUCUUGCCUCACAACUUCUGACCUUCCUGUUUCUCAUUGCUUACUGCAUGAGGACUGUGUGGUCGCGCUUCAGGGUUUGCUCCUCCUGCCAGGCAAGGAAGAAUAUAGAUUGUUCUUCCAGUGCGUUAGGAGUAAGGCGGCAGGGAAGCGGUGGUGCGGAAACGUCCUGUGGCAGGAGCCUGGUUCCAAAGAACAUUCUGUAACCAACAUGCCUCAGAGUGUCUCUGAGCCACUUCAUCAUCCUUCCAGCCAGCAGAGAAACCCGUUCAAGGUCCUCGACAAGAAUCAAGAACCGUCUCUCUGGAAACAGCUCACCAGAGGUGAGGGUGAGAAGAAGACGGCCGAUAAGAAUCAAGAGGAAAAGGGGGAUGUGCUCUUGGAUCAAAAGAAGGAACGGAAGCCUGAGUCCAGCUGCUGGAUGAAGAAAGAUCUAUCCUCUGGCCUGGAGGUGAAGAAAAAUCCACCCGCAGUUCAAGAGAAGCAUCAAGGGGAGAAGGUAGAGUUUCAGCGUGAAGCAAAGAACGAAGCCGCACAUGGAGCAAGCCUUUCUGACGCUAAACCCAGACAGGGCCGCGGUGAUGGGCUGAGGAAGCCAUGCGGGUCUUUCCAGGAGAGGUCAGAUGUUGAGGGUCAUCACCUCCAAAACGAACCAGAGGCUCCGAGGGAAAAGGAAACCAAGGCUUUGCCUGGACUUACUCAUGGUCAGAACGCAGGAAGCAAGCCCCAGAAAGGGGAACGCGUCGGCAAAGAGCACCCCGGGGGCCGGGAGGCUGGAGAAGCGAAGGCGGGGGGUGCCCGCAGCAUGCACACUGCCCGGCACUCUGAGCCUCGGGACGUGUCUGCCCCAGAAGGACCGUGUGCAUGGCGGGCACCGGCAGCUGCAGGGCACUCCCCGGGUGCGGGGCCGGAAGUGGACUCCAGCCAUGGUGACUGUGUGGGAGGUCCUUCUGUUUCCUCAAAGCCUCCUUUGCUCUUUGACUUGACUCUGGACUCCCAGGAAGAGAGCCACCUUCUGCCCCCUGGGCGGAGCGUGCAGAGAAACCCAUCUCCCACCCUGGGCGUUUCCAAGAAGGUAGAACCUUCUGACCCAGUGGCCCAACGUGUGUACCUCACAACACAACUCAAACAGAAGAAGAGCACGCUGAAAUCCGUGAACCUCCAGGCUCUCCCAGACAAGGGUCAGAAGUUGCUCACGCAGAUCCAGGAGUUGGAGGCAGCCCUGGGUGCCCUUGCCCUGUCCCCAGAGCCAGACGCUAGCGAGAAGAGUGCCAGUCAGGCACCACAGCAGAGAAGCGUCACCGCAGCCGCCACUGACCUCCCUCACUUGGCGCCUCCCCGGCCCCUACAGGACCACGGCCUCCAGCCUCUGGGCUCUCAAGGCCUGAAGGCCGCCUGCCCAGCAGCUGCUGGGGCAUCCAGCUGGUGCUAUGGAGGCGCUCCAAUGCCAGAUGGCCCUCACACAGUGUGGAAAGUCAUCAGUAAAGCCAUCGACGAGCUCCAUCAGUCCCUGGAGUCUCGGCCUGCCGAGUCCGCUUUGGCGGAGGACCCCCCGGGGCUGAAGGUCCCGCUGCUACUACACCAGAAGCAGGCAUUGGCCUGGCUACUGUGGCGGGAAAGCCAGAAGCCGCACGGAGGGAUUCUGGCGGAUGAUAUGGGAUUAGGAAAAACUCUGACAAUGAUUGCACUCAUCCUGACCCAGAAGAAUCAGAAGAAAAACAAAGACGAUGACAAAAACACGGCAUUGACUUGGCUUUCCAAGGACGACUCCUCUGAGAUCACUUCCCAGGGAACGCUGAUCAUCUGUCCUGCUUCCCUGAUCCAUCAUUGGAAGAACGAGGUGAUGAAACGUGUGAGCAGCAACACACUAAGAGUUUGUCUCUAUCAUGGGCCCAAUCGGGAACAACGUGCCAAAGUCCUCUCCACAUAUGACAUCGUGAUCACUACCUAUAACCUUCUGGCCAAGGAGAUUCCCACACACACACAAAAAGGCGCGAAACAAAAGGACACGAUCCCAGGCGUAGACCUCAGCUCGGAGAAGGAUUUAGCAAAAACACCCUUGCUUCGAAUAGCCUGGGCUCGAAUCAUAUUGGAUGAAGCUCACUGUAUUAGGAACCCCCGGGUGCAGACUUCCACGGCCGUGUGCAGGCUACAGGCUCACGCCCGCUGGGCUGUCACCGGAACCCCCAUUCAGAACACCUUGUUGGACAUGUAUUCACUGCUGAAAUUUCUCCGGUGCUCACCAUUUGAUGAUUUCCAAGUGUGGAAGAGCCAGGUUGAUAACGGUUCAAAGAAAGGUGGAGAACGGUUGAGUAUUUUAACCAAGAGCCUUUUGCUCAGGAGAACAAAAGACCAGCUGGACCCCACCGGCAAGCCCUUGGUGACGCUGCCCCAGCGGGAAUUUCAGGUGCACCGUUUAAAGCUCUCUGAGGACGAAGAGAAGGUUUACAGUGUCCUGUUGGCCAGAUCCAGAUCAGCUCUGCAGUCCUACCUCAGAGCGGGGCAGGAGAAUGGAGACAGCCAGUCUGGAAAAAUCCCUGAUAAUCCAUUCAGUAAAGUGGCCCGGGAGUUUGGGUGCAGCGGGCCCGGAGCGUCUGCAGCGGCGGCCUCGCCGAGACCUGGCGCCCCCCACGUACUGUUGACCCAGCUGCUGCGACUCCGCCAGUGCUGCUGUCACCUCGCCCUGCUGAAGUCGGCCCUGGACCCGGCAGAGCUGAAGAGCGAGGGCCUGGUCCUGUCUCUGGAAGAGCAGCUCAGCGCCCUGACGCUGUCCGAGCUCUGUGACACGGAGCCCUCGCCCGUCAUCUCCCUGAAUGGAGAAUGUUUCAAGGCGGAGCUCUUCGAGGACACAAGAGCAAGCAGCAAGAUUUCGUCUCUGUUGGUGGAGUUGGAGGCAAUCCGAGGAAAUGCAGGGUCCCAAAAGAGCGUCAUCGUCUCCCAGUGGACCAGCAUGCUGCACGUGGUCGCAUUGCAUCUGAAGAGGCGCGGCCUGACUUAUGCCACCAUCGACGGCUCCGUCAGCCCCAAACAGAGGAUGGACUUGGUGGAGGCAUUUAACAGCUCCCGGGGCCCUCAGGUUAUGCUAAUCUCUCUCUCGGCUGGAGGUGUUGGCCUGAACCUGAUUGGAGGAAACCACCUUUUUCUCCUGGAUAUGCACUGGAAUCCAUCACUCGAAGACCAGGCUUGUGACCGAAUUUACCGAGUAGGGCAGCAGAGAGAUGUUGUUGUGCACAAGUUUAUUUGUGAGGGAACAGUGGAAGAGAAGAUCUUACACCUUCAAGAAAAAAAGAAAACCUUGGCCAAACAAGUUCUCACAGGAUCUGGAAAAUCUGUCAAGAAGCUCACAUUGGCUGACCUCAAAGUGCUUUUUGGCAUCUAGCUUCCUGUUUGCAGGGCUCAGGGCGUGCCCCUGUUGGUUUGUGUGGGGACCUGGGAGCUCGACCUGCAGUGACCCCUUGAGCCCUCCUCGGCCCUGGGCCCUCCCCGGAAGGAGGCGUACUGAACCCUCAAUCGUCAUGUUAACCAACGGGUGCCUCAGUUAGGGUAAUCAGUCAACUUAUUUAAGAGUGACAGAGAAACCAAUGAACUGCUUCAGAAAAAAGAAAAUGCCUCAGAGUUAGAGAAUUCUGGAAGACAAUGCCAGGGCAGUUGUACAAAAGCUUCAGUAAACGCUCAAAAAGCCAUCUGUUGCCUUUCUCCUCUCAGCUCAUGGGGGACCGGUGUCCCUGCGCUUUCCAGUGCCGGCUCCACGUCAUGUGUUUCUCUCUCCUGCCCGAGAGGCUGCUCCUUGGAGCACGUCUCCGGGCGGCCGCGCCCCUGCAGCCCUUCCCGGGCGUGAGACCAAGGGGGGCCUCGGACGUGAGCAGGCGUCUGGGACGCGUAGCAUCACAGCACUCAGUAUUUGGUAUCCUUUCACCUAGUGUUGUUCCAUUGUUUCCUGUCACUAUAAUAUGCGCUACUUGUGAAAUAAAAUGGACUGGGUCUUUUUUUUA